AUGUCGAGAGGAGAAGUUCAUAGCAGCGCACUGUUUGAAUACGCUCAGCAAGUGAAGAAUUUGGGGAACAUUUUGUUCGAGCUCCUCUCAGAAGCUCUUGGGCUUAAGCAGAGCUGCCUGACAGAUAUCGAGUGCAACCAAGGACAGAUCAUACUCUGCCACUACUACCCUCCUUGCCCCCAGCCUGAACUGGCCAUUGGCACAAGCCGGCAUUCAGACUCCGGGUUUCUCACUGUGCUGCUCCAAGACGAAAUCGGUGGCCUCCAGAUCCUCCAUGAGGACCGGUGGGUCGACGUCACACCAACCCCUGGAGCAUUCAUCGUAAAUAUUGGCGAUCUCCUGCAGUUGAUCUCCAACGACAGGUUCCGGAGUGUGGAGCAUAGGGUGGUGGCGAAGAAUGUUGCGCCGAGGGUCUCCAUCGCGUGCUUCUUCAGCACACAUUUCCACCCGGCCUCGACGAGGAUGUACGGCCCUAUCAAGGAGCUCCUGUCUGAUGAGAACCCACCGUUGUAUAGGGAGACCCUGGUUAGAGAUUACAUCAAACAUUACUACUCCAUCGGGCUAGAUGCCAAGACUGCUAUCUCCAACUUCAGGAUAUGACAUGGGAGAGUAGCUGAAUGGUUUUAACACUAAGAACGGACCGUAAAAUGGCAGCAUAAGUUUAGGUAACAGCUUGGUUACCUAAUGUAUUUCACUAGAAGAGAUCAUAUACUGAGAAAUCUUCAGGAAACUCAUAUUUGUUCCUUCGUUUGUAAAUGAAACCUGUUUUUUUUCUUUUA